GGCGUGUGGAGGCGGGCGCAGCCAGGCUUUAAAAGUCCUCGCGGGGACAGGUUUUGCCUCCGCGCCACCCCACCGUCCCCAUGGCCCCUGCGGUGCCGCUGGCUCUCCUGGCACUGGUGGCCCUGCUGGCCCCGGGGCUAGGGGUGGCCUUCCCCAGCUGUGACUACCCGGUCCACCUCUGGUGCAGCUCACGGGAGAUCGCCGUCGCCUGCCAGGCGGAGAGCCGCUGCGCCAAUCUCUCGCGCUCGGCGGCUGCCCCCGUGGAGCUGACCCUGUACUAUGAGAGCCUGUGCCCAGCGUGCCGUGGGUUCCUGGUCCAGCAGCUCUUCACCACCUGGCUGCUGCUGCCCGCUGAGGCCCUGAACAUCACCCUGGUGCCCUACGGCAACGCCGAGGAGAAGAUCGUCAGCGGGAAGUGGCACUUCCAGUGUCAGCAUGGCCCGGAGGAGUGUUUGGGCAACAUGAUUGAGACCUGCCUGAUGCACGAGGCCAAGAACUUCAGCACCUACUUCCCCGUCAUCUUCUGCCUGGAGUCGGGCAGCUCCGUCACCAAGAACCUGGAGGCCUGCCUGCAGAUCUACGCCCCGCAGCUGGACAAGGACCGCAUCGCCGCCUGCGUGCAGGGGGACACGGGGGCCGCCCUGAUGCACCGCAACGCCCAGCUCACCGAGGCGCUCGACCCCCCGCACCAAUACGUGCCCUGGAUCGUCAUCAACGGGAAGCACACGGACGAGCUGCAGGCCCAGGCCGAGGCCUCGCUGCUGGGGCUGAUCUGCCGCCUCUACCAGGGGAAGAAGCCCGAAGCCUGCGGGGGCCCGGCGGCCCCGAAAGCCCUGAGCGGCUGCAGGCGCUGAGGGACGGCGUGGGAGCACCGAGCAAGAGGCGAAUAAAAAGGAUGGUUUUGAUGGAAAAACAA